GGCCUCAUGGUGGUCCUCAUGUGGUCGGAGCUGCUGCCGGAGGAGCGCUCCGCCAGGGCGCUCCAGGGCGGCGGCGGCGGCAGCCCCAGCCCCAGCCCCAGCCCCGAGCGCCUCUUCGAGGGCUGCCGGCGCCUCCGCAGCCUCUGGGACGCGGUGAGGCUGGAAGUGGCCGCCGAGGACGCCGGCCCCGUCGUCUUGCACAGCUUCACCCAGCUCGAUCCGGACCUGCCCCCGCUGGAGAGUUCCACCCAGGAGAUCGGAGAAGAGGUUGAAAAUGGCGUAAUCUACAGCAUUUCUCUUCGGAAAGUUCAGCUUCAUCACACAGCCAACAAAGGCCAGCGAUGGCUGGGGUUUGAGAACGAAUCCGCCUUAAAUCUCUACGAGACAUGCAAGGUGCGGACGAUCAAAGCCGGCACCCUGGAGAAGCUGGUGGAGUACCUGGUCUCGGCAUUCAAAGGCAAUGACUCCACGUACGUCACCAUCUUCCUGUGCACCUACCGAGCGUUCGCCACGACCAAGCAGGUCCUGGACCUCCUCCUCAACCGGUAUGGGAAGUUCACCCUGCAAGCCAACGGGGACCAUCCCAGGCACGCGGUGGAUGAGAGGCUGGAGUUGAAAAACACCAUCUCUUCCAUCCUGGGGGCCUGGCUGGAUCAAUAUUCCGAAGAUUUCCGCAAGCCGCCCGACUACGCCUGCCUGAAGCAGCUGAUCAUUUACGUCCGGCUUAAUCUCCCCGGCUCGGAUCUGGAGCGGCGAGCACGCAUACUCUUCACCCAGUUCCAGCAACAGGAGCGUGCUGAGGUGGAAGUGGAAGCCGUGGAUCAUCCCAGUUGCACUCAGUUAGAGGAAGAAAAUGGACUGAGUGAAGGCAAAUUGGAUUUCCUUUCCUUUUCUCCGGAGAUGGCAGCUGAGCAGUUCACCCUGAUGGAUGCUGAACUCUUUAAGAAAGUGGUGCCUUAUCACUGCCUCGGUUGCAUCUGGUCCCAGCGGGACAAGAAAGGGAAGGAGCACUUGGCCCCCAGUAUCCGGGCCACCGUCUCCCAGUUUAACAGCGUCACCAACUGCGCCAUCGCCACGUGUCUCGGGGACAGGACGCUGAAGCCACAGCAGAGAGCCAAAGUGAUCGAGCGGUGGAUUGAAGUAGCCCGGGAAUGUCGCAUCCUCAAGAAUUUCUCUUCCCUCCGAGCCAUUCUCUCUGCCCUCCAGUGCAACGCGGUUCACAGGUUGAAAAGGACCUGGGACGAGGUGUCACGCGAGAGCUGCCGCAUGUUCCAUGAAUUAUCCGGAAUCUUCUCGGAUGAGAACAACCACUCCCUCAGUCGGGAGCUGCUCAUUAAGGAGGGCACCUCCAAGUUUGCCACGCUGGAGAUCAACCCCAAAAGAGCUCAGAAGCGCCAGCAGCAGCAGCGAGAAAUGGGUGUAAUGCAAGGCACCAUCCCCUACCUGGGCACCUUCCUGACCGACUUGGUGAUGCUGGACACGGCCAUGAAAGAUUAUUUAGAUGGAGGUCUGAUCAACUUUGAGAAAAGGAGGAAGGAGUUCGAAGUCAUAGCCCAGAUCAAGUUGCUUCAGUCGGCCUGUAACAAUUACAGCUUCAAGAAGGACGACCGCUUCGGUGCCUGGUUUCACAGCGUGGAACGGCUCAGCGAAGCCGAGAGCUACAGCCUUUCAUGUGAAAUCGAACCCUUGUCAGAGUCGGCCAGCAACACGCUGAAGGCCAAGAAGAACACGGGCAUCAUUAAGCGGUGGAGCGACCGACAGGCCCCCAGUACCGAUUCCUGUGCCAGCGGCAGCUCCCACUCCAAGUCCUUCGACCAGCUGAAGUGUGGGCCGUACCUGUGCAGCAGCGAUGGGGCCGACUCGCUCAGCAUCACCUCGGCCGGCUCCAGCAGCUCCGAUGUGGAGGAGAUCAACGUCAGCUUCAUCCCUGACUCGCCCGAGGGCCAAGAGAAGAAGGUACAGGACCACGGCUUGCUGGGACCCACUCGCGCCCAGGGGGUCAGGCGGCAGUUUUGGGAAUCCACCUCACUGUCCUCCUUGGAUACAUCGGGCGUGGGUUCAAGUUCAAGCAGCGCUUCAUCGUCAUCGGUCUCCUCCACGCCGGUGACGGUGUCCCGCACGCACAAGCGCUCCGUCUCGGGCAUUUCGAGCUAUUCCUCACUUUCGUUACCCCUCUACAACCAGCAGAUUGCUGACUGCUGUAUCAUCCGGGUCAGCUUGGCGGUGGACAAUGGAAACAUGUACAAAAGUAUUCUGGUUACCAGCCAGGAUAAAACGCCAGUUGUGAUCCGGAAGGCUAUGGCCAAACACAAUCUAGACGGCGAUCGGCCAGAAGAUUACGAGCUCAUUCAGAUCAUCUCGGAAGAGAGAGAGCUGAAAAUUCCAGACAACGCCAAUGUCUUCUACGCCAUGAACUCGGCAGCCAAUUACGACUUCGUGCUCAAGAAGCGAGGCUUCUCCAAGGUGAUCAAGAUCAAGCAUGGCUCCAGUUCUACUCUGCCGAGGGUGAAACAGAAAGGCCUAAAAAUCGCCAAAGGCAUCUUCUAACUUCGGGUGGGGGGUCUCCACCCCCCUCCAAUGACUCUCCAGGUUGCAUUCUUGCCCCCUGGCCAUUCUGUCUUAAGCCACGCCAUUGGGUGGGACGACGCGUCUGGUUUCUUGCAGCAGCCUCGGAUUUUUGCCAAGAAACUUAGGAAUGCUUGUGAAGAUCUCAAGAUGGUGGGUGGCUUCUCCUCGGCCAAGCUUCUGCAGACUCGUGAGCUUGUGGGACGUGUUGGCAGAAGCUGGUCCUUGCCUUUAAAAAGAUGUGCAUUGUUUCAUUUCUCCGGCCCGUGGAGGAUUUUUAGCUUUUUUUUUAAAACCCACCUCCCAAGGUGUAAGGACUUCUCAGCCUGUGGCUGCGUGGACUUAACCAUCCACCGCUCUGCCUUAUCUUCUGUUGGCCAACCAACAAGAGUGGUGCUUCUAAGCAGCAGACCGAAAGUUUUUCUCUCUCCUUCCACCGUGACGUCCAGGAGGAGGGAGGACGUGGAGUUGGAUCCCAUUCUCCAAUCGUGCGAAGGCGACUCACCGCCUGGAUUUAUUCCAGGCAACCGAAAUGCACUUUUGAGGUACCGGAAGGCAGAGGCUGGAUCCAUCCUCCUCGUUCUUCAAGGAGAUUCUGGGGCGGCUUUGCCAGCUGAAGAUGGACCUUUUGGUGCCCGGCCAAGUCUCCCCACUCAACUAACUUCCCAAAUUUUUCUCUGGCCUUUUUGUUUUCUUUAAGAAGCACCUGCACCAAAGAUCUAACAGCACUGUUUUUUCUGUAGAUGGACCCUCUGCUGAUGUACUGGGACAGGAGUAAACGAAGCUUAGCUUCUGUACAGACUUGCUGUAAAUAAAGGAUUCUGGAUGGGAAGAAGAGCCGGAGAGGGGUGAACGAUAGCUCUAAAACAUGGGGCCACCUUCUCAAUGUAGGUUCCCGACCCCGAUGGACAAAAAUGCCACUCUCGUGUUUUUAACGGACUUCAGACUGUGAAGUAGGUUCUGUGACUGAUGCGAUCGGAUUUUUGUAAACAGCCCACCAACCCUCCUGAAUUUACUAAUUUCCCCUUCCUUAAUAUUUAUUGCUUUGUAAAUAGGCCAGUUGGAUUUAUACAUUUUACUAACCCUGUUUGAAAAGUCCUUUCAGGCCCUUUUCUGUUUUAAAUGGCAAAAGGCUUUAGGGGUGCAGGUGUGAGUGUGAAUGCGGGGGGUGCAGAAACCCCGAUUUUAACACAGCCUUUCUUUCAAAAGAGGUUCUUGUUCGGAGUGCAAAGUGCUGGAGUGGGGGGGGGGUCAGGCAGGGAACCCCUCUGCUUUUUUUACCCCCAAAUGCAUCAAGGCCUGGUGGGUUCAUCCCUAGAACUGAAAAAGCAAACCACUUUUCUGCAAAUGCAAAUUCUAAGCCCAGAAUCCAGAGCAAAAGGACAGCUGGGCGGGAGGUGUAUUUUAGCAGGGAUGAUGGGUCCAUGGGAUUGCUGAGCUUUCCCCCUCCUGGUGCCUUGAAUCCGCACGGCCUAUCUGGAGGACGGCGGCUAGUGGAAGCAGGCGUGGGGUGUAGUUUUGAAAGGGCCUGAAUUUGGAUCUCAACCUUAGGAUCUUGAACGGCCUGUUCCUUGGCAAGAAACGUAUGGUCCGAUUUGAAUCUGGAGACGUGAACACCAGAGGCUCCACCGAGUAAUUAAAAUGGGAAUGGAGUUUCCAAGCCUCCGCAAGGAUUUGAGUGGACAGCAUCCUCUCCUCUCCUCUAGGGCCCCAAAGAGUUCUGGAGGGGGCGCCCUGUUGCCUUUCCACUGCCCUGUUCAACAGGAAGAUGCAGGGGAGUCCAGUCCGAGGCACCCCAUAACGAUGAUGGAUUUUUUUCUCUGCCUAUGAAGGAAACGAUAACCCUGAAGGCAGAGAUAAGUCCCUUUCUCCCCUUCCUCGCCCCUUUUUCAAUCUCUUUCCUCCUUAAUUUUUCUAGCAGCUGCUGCUUUUAUGAAUUUGCGUGCUCUUAAGGAAACAACACUAACAUUUCUAGCCUUGCUUUCCUUGCUAAUCUGUCCUGUGAGUUGUCUAAGGGUGCUUUGCCAGCCUCCUAUUCAACUGCUUGGCUGGGAGGAAGGAAGGGGUAAGUGGUCCUUUCUACCUGGAGGCUACCUUCUCUCUGUUGAUCAGCCGGACUAGCACUUUCUGCCCCCAAACUAGCAAGGGUUUGCCUUCCCUUGUGCGACACGGCCAAGCCAUCCCUCGGCGACCUCGAGAUGCUGAUCGAGGGGGGCAGGCUUUAAUUCUCGCCUGUCUUUUAAAUACUUCUCAGCCUUUUUUCUGCUCCCCUCCAAACUGGGGGCGGUGGCAGGAAGGCACCUCCAGCAGGCUGCACAGCGUCCUGGGGUGGGUGGGUGGAUGCGUGAGCGAGUGAGCGAGCUGUAUAGGCGAGGUAUGUUUUGUUCUGAUUUCUGUGAAGUAGCACACUAACGCUGGGUGAUGUGUGUACAGAAAUGUAAGUAGCCUUUUCAAUUAAAAAGAAACCAGAAAUGUCA